AUGGACACCAUUGGAAAGGCAGAAGGGGCGGCAUUAGACGGGGAAUUGGGCACCUUGUGCUGUUUGGGAAGUUCCAAUGAAGUUCUAAAAAAGGUUCAAGAAGGAUCUUUCUGGAAAGUUCUAGAAAAGAUCCCGGGAUCUCCUUCGGGUGUUUCGGGGAAGGAAUUUUCAGAAGACGUACGAAAAAGAAGGAAGAUUUCUAAAGCACCGGGACAGUUUCCGAUAUCAGAUCAGACUAUUCUACUGAUACGGAAUGAAGAGCAAACGGGAGAAAAUCUACGUAGACGAGUGACCUCCACAAAGCAAAGACGAGUAAAAGCUGCAUAUAAAAGGGCGGCUCUGCUUGCGGUCGACACAUUCGCUCGUCCGCUGAGCAUGAUGAAGUUCUUACUGCUGUUGGCUUUGGCUGCUGUGGCUGCUGGGGAUCACUCCCUUGGCGGACACGGGCAUUUCCAUGGAGGUUUCCGUCCCGUUGGGCAUGGGCACUUCCCUCCUGUUGGGCAUGGCUUCAGACAUGCCGCCGUCCACCGCCCCGUGCGACCUGUGGUGCAUCGGCCGGCUCCCGUGGUCCCGGUGCACCGAAGCCAAAGUGGACCUGCAGUGCCCCCGGCAGCUUCCUCGGGCGUCCCGGUGGACCAAAGGCAGGGCGACAGCGAAUACCACUUCUCGUGGCGCCAUGACGGCCGCAAGACCUACACGUGGGAUCGCGCCAACCAGUACUGCGCCAACCUCGGCUCCGGCUGGCAGGGCAUCAGCAUCGGGACUCACCAGGAGGACAGUCUCGUUAGGGAAGCGAUUAUAGAAGAUCGCCUACCAUGGAUUUGGACCUCAGGUCAUAUCAAGAACCACGGCUUCGCCUGGGCUUCAGGUGAAGAAUUCGUGGGUCUGAACUGGUCUCACACCGGCGGGAAUCAUCGACCACAACCAGACAACCGAGAGGGGAACGAGCACUGCCUGGGGGUUCUCAACGACUUCUACGACGACGGCGUCAAGUGGCACGACAUCGCCUGCCACCACGACAAGGCCAUCAUCUGCGAACGCAAAGUCCAAGUUCACGGAUGAACACAAAUACACAUGCAUACAGGAGCACAUGCACAAUGCCUUCAUGUAGCUUGAUCACGUCCAUAUGAUCUAGAGCAAAUGAUUAUACACUGUAUUUAUUCCUAUUUAUAUUUGACUAUAGAUGAAGAUCUUUUACAAAUAAAUUUCCUGACCAACUAUA